AUGAAGAGCUUCAAGCCCAUUUUCUUGUGUGGGGUGAAGGGGGCGGCGGAAACGCAGCAAUUGGCAAGUGUACAAUGUGCGAAAAACAAUAUCAAUACCGUUGUGGCUGCUGAAGAGGUCUCUGGAUACAGGGUCAACGCAAGUUCCCGCCUCCUGGAUCGCUGGCUUGAUACAUUUGUGCGAUUUGCUGGCUCGGCUCCAGUAUUCCUAGUCAUCGUUAGUGGUCUCUUGACCUGGGCUUUGAUGGGAAUUCGCUUCGGUGACUCGGACGUCUGGAUCGCUGCCAUCUCUGACGUUCAGGCCAUUCUCUGUUAUGUCUUCGAUUCCCUCCUGAUGCGGCAACUUCUUCGUGAAUACACCGAGCAGCGCGAGGCCAUGGUCAUGAUUCAAUCGCGUUGCAAAAGCCACCAUCGCAUGCUUCUCAAAGUAAAGAACAAGCUGGGAUCGGAAGGAAUUCGAGAGGUCUCUGAGAAGUGUCUACAUGAACCAUUAGAGCCUUUGGAUCAUGGCUUGCGCACUCAGAGCCUGUUCGCCCGAUGUAUCAUCUUUUCUGCGAAGAAGUUUGGGCAUAUCGUCACUGUUGGCAUGUACUGGGUCUGCAUCUUGAUUUGGCUUGGCUUCGGUCCAAAGUGCGGUUGGUCCAACCGAUGGCAGCUAUACAUCAACGACGCAACGUCUGCUCUGAUGGUUCUGGUUUUUGCGUUCCUCGCUUGUCUGCGGGAAUGCUAUGCUGAUUAUACCAACACUUGCUUGGAUGCGAUCUUCCGGCUUGACUCGACCCUCGAGAGUGAGCUUCGCCUUCUCAGCGAAGAUGACACGCCAAAUCCUGUCGAGGUCGAUGUCCCACCGAAAGAGAACUACCUCCAGAAGGUUAUUUACUACUAUGCCGAUAUCAUCGGGACGCUUGUGGGAAUUGUGUUCCUUGUGAUAGUGGUCAUCGCCUGGGCAGCCGUCGGCCCUGUCUUCCAUUUCAACAAUACCUGGUGGCUGCUUAUCGGCACCUAUGCUGGACUAGUUGGUCUUUUUGAUAGCUUCGUUCUCCGCAAUGUCCAGAACAAAGUGCACCAGAAUACCAAAUGCCAAGUACGCCAUGUGGAGACAUUCGACUCGACAUUGUUCGCUGGUUUGUCCGUGCCCAUUCCUAUCGCGAAGGAUCCCAAGGCGCCGUCCCUUAGUCGUCGGGUAUCCAGAAAGAUGGAUGCAAUCAGCUCCCACCUUCUCAUGGUCGUCGCCGGCUUCCUGCUCACUAUCGGGUGCCUAGUUGCAUCUAGUGCCAUGCGCUGGAGUUUGACUGGGCAGCUGAUCUCGAACGUGCCUCCCAGUAUCAUCGAGACUUUCUUCAUGUUGAUCUUGAUCACUGGUCAGAAUGAUGCUGAAGCUGGUGCCCGGGUUGACUUGACAAAUAUUUACUACCGUCGCCAGCGCCUCUUGUCAUUCAUGAAGUACGCGAGCGAUUACUGUCAAAAGCAAGAGGAAGCUGAGGCAGCAGCUGAUGCCGAGUGA